GAAAAGAAAACAUUGAGAGCAAAGAGGUAACAAGCGAUGAACUGUGUAAUGCAACUCUUGGUUAUAAAUCAAGUGUAUUACACAUAUAUAUACUCGGCUCGAUCGACAUUAUAUUACCGCGUCUUAUAUAAAUCUUUUGUAAUCCCCAACAAUGUCGGGACUCAGAAGAUUGGAUGGUAAGAUCGUAAUCAUAACAGGUGGAGCUAGCGGGAUUGGAGCCGAAGCGGCUAGGCUGUUCACGGACCACGGUGCUAAUGAUGUACAAGAAGAGCUAGGCCAAAACGUCGUCGUCACAAUCGGCAAAGACAAAGCAACUUUUUACCGUUGCGAUGUGACAAACGAAGCGGAGGUAGAGAACGCCGUCAAGUUCACCGUCGAAAAACACGAAAAGUUAGACGUUCUGUUUAGUAACGCCGGCGUCUUGGAACCGCUGGGAAGCUUCAUCGACUUUGACAUCGAACGGUUUGACCUCACAAUGGCGGUCAACGUCCGUGGCGCGGCUGCGUUUAUCAAGCACGCGGCACGAGCCAUGGUGGAUAAAGGCAUGCGUGGUUCAAUCGUAUGUACGACCAGCAUAACGUCGGAGAUAGGUGGUUUGGGACCUCACGGUUACACUGCUUCUAAACACGCGCUUCUCGGCCUGAUUAGAUCGGCAUGUGGCGAUUUGGGGAAGUACGGGAUUAGAGUAAAUGGAGUUGCACCGUACGCGGUGGCCACGCCGAUGACUAGCCACGACGAGGAGAUGGCGAGGCAGGUGGAGGAGUAUUUUGAAAACAAGGGGAUUCUCAAGGGCGUUGUGCUUAAAGCUAGCCACGUUGCACAAGUUGCUCUGUUUUUGGCUUCUGAUGAUUCUGCUUAUAUAAGCGGUCAGAAUUUGGCCGUGGAUGGUGGUUAUAGUGUUGUUAAGCCAUAAUUAAAAGUUAAAGCUGCUUUAAUGAAUAAAUAUUGGAUUAUGCUUUCA